AUGCGCGCUUCCACUCUUCUCGCCGCCGCGGCCUCGGCCCUGACUGCCUCCGCUGCUCCGAUUGCGAGCUACACGUGGUCCAUCACGAACUGGAGCGGCGGUUGGUACGGCAUCGGUUGGGCCAACUACCAAGUCACCGCUCCUGCUGCAACCAGCAACGGCGUUACCAUCCCCGCUCUGUCUCUCACCUCGCGUUGUGAGCCUUGGGGUGCCGAGGGCACGGUGAGGGAUUGCAGCGAUUUGAUUGCCAACAACAACGAUGGCCGAACCUACACGGGCAAGAUCGGGUCCUUCGACGACGGCGCAGUCUCCUACGGAAACUACACUUUCAAGUCUGGCGACAAGACUUACUCGGUUACCGGUACUAUCAAGGGCGUUGAGAAUGGCGCGUCUGCGUUCACCGUUUCGGGUCUGCAGCUUACUCAGCUUUAA